AUGGAUCCUCACAUCGUUUUCCUUGUGCGUAAUAAGCUAACCUCGCUCGGAGUAAAGAUUGUCCUCGCCAUCUCCAUCUUCUACCUAGCCAGCACCGGUCUGACGAAGAUCUCAAUACUCUGUUUCUACCGUCGCAUUGACCAAAUUCGAUCGUGGUUCAAAUGGACAAUUUGGUGCAAUAUCAUCUUCAUCAGCGCGUACACGGUGGCGUACACUCUGGCCGUUCCGCUCGAAUGCAGUCCCAUCAAUGCGUAUUGGGACAAGGCCAAUCCUCUUUGGCGAACGACGCAUAAGUACCAUUGCAUCAACGAAGGCGCAAAAAUGGUCUCUGCUGGUGUCAUCAGCGCGAUACAAGACUUUGUGGCAUGCGUAUUGCCCAUGGCUUUGUUUUGGGACCUGCGCAUCUCCCGGCGCGCGAAGUUCGCGCUCGGUGUCGUCUUCAGCUUGGGCCUUCUCACUUGCGCAUGCGGAGUCAUUCGGACGCUAGGCAUCUAUCGCAUCUUCUUCAAGACUUAUGAUGUGACAUGGGCUGUCCGUCCAGCCUUUGCGUUGACCAUCAUGGAAGCGUGCUUGGGCAUCAUUUGCGCGUCCAUGCCUGCGCUCAAAAAUAGCAUGCAAAGCUGCUUUCACAUCGUCAUCGACCCCUUUACUUACGGCAGCAGCAGAACAAAUCGCAGGUGGAAGAAUCCAUUCUACCGCAGCUACGAACAGUCGUUCCACGGCUAUUUCAAGAGGAGCGACCGGAGCAAUCAAGGACCUAACGCCCCGCAAAACAGUUAUAUAGGCUCUUAUCAUUCGCAAUGGCGGGACCAAUCUUCGUCAAAGGGCGCGGAAGAAAUACAAGUCAAUCUCUCCGUACUCGAGCCCGCUACCGAAAGCAGCCAAAACCAUCCCGACUCCACAUCAACAACCACCACCCUCGCCUUCCACCACCAACAACAGCAGCAGCAACUCGCUCUCGACCCCUCGCCCGCACCCGGACCACGCCACCCCAACCUCGCCAGACGCGACCUCCCCCCGCGGCCGACGCCGACGCCCAUCGCCAUCACCCUCUCGGGCGGCGCGGCGCCGCUGACGCUCAACCCGGCGGGCAGCGUCUACGUCGUCAACGGCAACCCGUCGGCCACGCUCGCGCCGGGGCCGGACGGCAGCGCCACGACGCUCACGCUGCCCGGCGGCACCGUGCUGGCCAUGAUGAAGAGCGACGAGCUCGCCGACGACGCCGGGCCCUACCUCGUCGUCGCCCAAGCGCCCGGCGGCGCCCAGGCCGUCGCGACCGUGCCGCCGCCGCCCGCGCCCAUCCCUUCGAACGGUGGUGAUGAUCGGGGAGGCCCAGGCGGAAGAGGAGGAGGAGGAGGAGGAGGAGGAGGAGGAGGAGGAGGACCGGGUGGUGGAAAGGGGGACGGCCCCAGCCCGGCAGAGCAGUCUGCCGCCGCGGCCGCCGCCUCGGCCGCCGUCGUCACGGUCGGCGCGCUGGAGCUGAGCCCGGCCGGCGGGUCCGGCGCGUACAACGUGCUGAAGAGCGUGAGCGGCGGGGGCGUCGGCGUCGCCGCAACGCUGGCGCCCGGCGGCAGCGUGACGGUCGACGGCGUGGUCGUGGCGCUGCGGACGGACGGCCCGUCGGGGCAGACGGUCGUGGUGACGGGGAAAGAGGGCGGCGGCGAGGCGACGGCGCCGGCGGCGACGGUCACGGCGACUGAGAGAGCGCCUGCAGGGAGCGACGGCGGCAACAAUCCACCGGUUGCCGUGGGGAACUUGACGUUUUUGCCGGCCGGCUCCGCGUAUUGGAUUGCGGAGGGGACGCGGACGUGGACGGUCAUGACUGGGGCCAGUGUGACGGUGGGUGGGACGGUGGUGGGGUUGACCACGGACGCUGGGGGCAAGACGGUCGUGGUGGAGAAUGCGGGGAACCAAACGGCGACGGCGCCGGCGAGCACGGUGGCGACGCUUGGUCCAGGCGGUAGCGGUGGCACGCCGGUGGGUCAAGCCUCGGGAGGCCAAGGUGGUGGUGGUGGUGGCGGCCCCCUGAUGACUUCGGACCGGAUGGGUGCACCAGUCGCGACGAACGGAGUGCCGACAUCAGCAGGAGCUUCGCACGGGAUCAGAAACCUGUGGUCCAAUGAAGCUUUGUGGAUUGGAUGGAUAGUUGGCUUGCUUUUGUUCAUUAACAUUUAG